AGUUGUUCGAAACUUAAAGCGGUCUUGAAUAUUCAAGGAAAACGAAGUUUUUAAAUUACAUAUAUCAUUUUAUAAAAAACUCGCGAAUUUUGAGUAAAAAUGCGUUCACUUCCAACAUUGUGGCGUAUGGCUGAAGAAAUGCAACGGUUGGCCUUCCCACGCCGAUCCCCAUUCAGUGCAUUUUACGAUGACUUCUUCAACGCUCCUUUCACUCAAGCACCAUGGAGCCGCUUUAGCCGAUUGCCAAAAGAACUGGGGGACACCAUUGAGCCCAUGGUGGGCAAGGAUGGCUACCAAGUAUCAUUGGAUGUGGCACAAUUCAAACCAAGUGAAUUAACCGUUAAAGUCGUUGAUAACAACGUGGUCGUGGAGGGCAAAUACGAAGGACGUGAAGACGAGCAUGGCUUUAUUUCGAAACAUUUUGUUCGCAGCUUUAGUCUACCGCGUGGUUAUAAAGCCGAAGAGGCCAUGUCAACACUCUCCUCAGAUGGCAUACUGACGGUAAAUGUUCCAAAACCACCAGGUUUGGAGGAUAAAUCGGCAGAGCGUGUAAUUCCUAUUCAACAGACCGGUCCAGCUCAUUUGAAUAUAAAGGAAAAUAAACCACUGGCGAACAAGGAAGUUGAGGAGAACAAUAACAAAUAAUGAAAUUUUGUUUUAUUCGUUAAGACUCUCACAAAGCAAGUGUGUAGUAAAUUGUGUAGACUGUUAUUAGUUAUUUAAUAAAACAUAAGACUGUAGUUUACAGAAAAGUUGAA